CCCCAAACCGCUACUUCGAGUUUUCUCUCUAUACCGUUUACCCAACGCAGUCCUUUCUCCCUCUCUAUUAACUCCUAUUAUUCGUGGGUUUUGAAAUUUGUCAUAUUCAAUCAUCAGGUCUUAUUGUGUUAUUUCGACUUUAUGAUAAACACCUGAGGAAAAUUUUGGUUAUAGUGCCAUCGAAGAAGCCAUUUGAGUUCAGUAAAGAUGUACAAUUUUAGAAGAUCGGCAAUAUCAUCACUUCGGAAAACAUGGCCUUUGGCUCGUUUUUCAUCAUCAUCCAAUGAGAAAUCCACAGUGGAAUAUUUGACAAAAAGGGAUGUAUUUGGAGCUAACGGAAUCUCUAUUCUGGUUAGAGGGCAAUGUACUGGAGGAUACAUGGUGAAUUUUCGCUCUCCAUAUAAACUAAUCGAGAACCAUGUAGCAAAUACCAGAACUCAUUGUUCUGCUAGGUCCUUUGCGUCAAAAGCUUCAAAGCAAUCGUCAGAAACAUCAUCUGAGCCCAAAAAAGACAUCUCUACUGUUGAGGAUCCUUUUGAUGCUCCUACAUACAAUAUCCCAGAGAAGCCGGUAACAUUUACCGAGGGGGCCUCCUACAGUAUUAUAAUUCUUGCAGGGCUUGGGGUUGCUGCUGCUGCUGCAUAUGGUGUGUUCAAGGAACUCAUAUUUGAACCAAAAGAGUAUAAAAUUUUUAACAAGGCUCUGAAAAGAAUUCAAGACGACGGUCAGGUACGAGUGAGGAUUGGAUCGCCUAUUACUGGCUAUGGUCAGGAAAGUAGAAAUCGUGCAGCCCGUCAACGUAUUCCCAACAGGGUAUAUACUGAUGAAUUUGGCAUAGAGCAUGUUGAGGUUAAUUUCUACAUCCGUGGACCUCACGGAGCCGGUAAGGUUUUUGCUGAGAUGUUCAAAGAUCAAGAGGACAAGCAGUGGAAAUUUACAUACUUGAUUGUUGAGAUCAUUUCACCUUCUAAAGCACAAUUGAUGCUGGAGUCUUACAUGCCAGCACCAGCAUCAGCGCCUGCCUAAAAGAUGUAUAUGAAGGGCUUCGUUGGCAUUAAGGUUAUUGUGUACCAACUUGACGUGGUCGUGGGUGUAGCCCAGAGUGUCUGCGUAGAACUGUUGUAAGGGAGUUCCAAGGGACGCUGGCAAAGUCUAUUUUUUUCUUUUCCAUAUGAUUUGCUAGAAAAAUGUCUGUAAUUCUUUACUUUUAAUUAAGCAUAUUGCUUAUAAAACAAGCAGUUGGUUUUACAUUUUACU